CUCCACCUUCAGCAGGAGAUGGAAUCAAGCAUAGUAAAAGUAGACACUCAACUUAUCACUCAGUUGUGUGGUGAGAUUGAUCGCCUCACUAAGGAGGUGUCGCGGCUUGACUCAGUUCAGAAGACAAGUCGAGAUCAAAAGCUUUCAGAUCUUCGACAGGCUGAUCAGAUGUCAACCGCAUUUCGACCGGAUCAUAGCAGUCAACGCAACCUCGUUAAAGCACUGGAGGAAAGACUUCUAGAUUAUAAAUGCAAGGCGGAGAAAACAAAGCAGGAAUUGGCCACUCUGCGAGAACGGUUUCUGAAAGAGACCCUUAGCAGACAUAAACUAAGUCAGGAACUUGCUCGGCAGCGCGCUGUGACUCAACGCUUGUCGGAGGAAUUGGAGGCUGCGGAUAAGUGUUAUGUUGCUGACAGUCCAAAGAUAUCCACGCCCAGGCUUGAAGACAAGGAGAAUCUACCCCUAGAUGAAUCAGCACUUAAUGUAAAUAAAUGCGCUCAGCUAGUCUCGUCAUCGGACUCACGGGAGGUUGAGUGUAAGCAGUCAUAA